AUAGCGUGACUGAGAGAGGAUUUAAGGAGAGGGAGUCAGAGAAUCUGCAGGGACAGCGAGAAAGGGACAGAGCCCAGCCUCAAUACUGUCUGCUGCUGCUGCUUCUUUGAGUGUUUCCUGUCUCAGUAACCCUGUUCUGUGGAAAUGAAUAUUUCACCAACUAAUAUUUCUGGAGGUGCCACGUCCCCUAGGAAGGGGCCACCAAAGUUCAAGCAAAGAGCGACUCGACAGUUCAAGAGCAAACCCCCCAAAGCAGGCGUGAAAGGGUUUGGAGAUGAUAUUCCUGGAAUGGAGGGGCUUGGCACAGAUAUCACUGUGAUCUGUCCUUGGGAGGCAUUCAGCCACUUGGAGCUGCAUGAACUGGCUCAGUAUGGUAUCGUUUGAUACUGGGUAAUGCUAAACAGGCCUUAGUAACUGGCCCACACUUCAGCUGAAACAGCAACUACAGUGAAGCAGAUGAAGCUGGAUUACUACUAACGUCGCUGUGCACAGUACUUCACAUUAUUGUUCAAUUCCAUUAGCAUAAACAUAAAAGUCAGUGUCAGUUUUUAGACAAUGUUUGUACAGUUUAAGUGCGUUUAUGUUGCUUAUGUGACAUUUGGUUGUGAGCUUAAACAGUUACUCCUAGCUCCUGCAAAACAUUCAUCUUUGCAUCAUCAUCAUCAUCAUCAUCUGUAUUCAUUCUGUAAAACUGUCAAUUUAGAUUCUCCUGCAAGAUGAGAGAGAUAGAAUAUAAUUUCUCAAUGAGUUGAUUCGGUGACUAUAACUAAAUAGGAAGGAGCACUCUGUCAAGACAAUUACAUUCACAUCUACUGAAGGAACCACCUGAUGAGGGAGCAGCACUCCAAAAGAUAGUGCUUCCAACUAAACCUGGUGGAUAAAAACCUGGUCUUGUGUGAUUUUUAACAUCUACUGAAGUUUAAGAAUGAACUUUACAUUUUAUGCUGGGCUUGAAUUGGUAAUAAUCAGGUUAGAAAACUGCAGAUUGAAUAAGAUGGUGGUGUUUGUUUCUCUGUCUACAAAUCUAGAACAUUGAGAGUGUUUAGAAGCUGAUCUCUUGGAUCUGUGCUCAUGGCUUGCAACAUUAUAGUGUGAAAAAUCACACAAUACUAGGUUAUAGUCCAACAGGUUUAAUUAGAAGCACUAGCUUUGGAGCAC